AUGCCCAGGUCACGCCACGACCUGAGUUUGACCUUUAACCCAGUGGAAGCCCCCACCUCGUCCCGCAGCACCACCCCCUCCUCCCUGGCGUCUCAGGGUGAGGAACAGGACCAGGAACCAGAGGAACCAGACACAGAAACGGAUCUAGAACCAGAGGAGACUGAGACCCCGUUACACCAUACACACCUCGAACAACUGAAGUCAGAGGACUUCACUGCCUGUCUAGAAGAGAAGGAGGCAGAAGAGGUAGAAGAGGAAAGAGAAGAGCAGGAAACAGAGGAAGAACGACAGAAUGAAGAAGUGAAUGAGAAAGACAACUGCUCGGCCUCCAGUAUCUCCUCUGCCAGCAGUACCCUGGAGAGAGAGGAGAGGGGGAGCAAUGAGAACGGUCCGUGGACCCAGAGUGUUAAGGAGGUGGAUGUGAAUGAACAGUGCAGCAAAAUCCUCAACAGCAAACGCUUCAUGCUCGACAUGCUCUACUCCCAGAACAAGGAGCCCUGCGAGGAGGAGGAGGAGGAGGAGGAGAGGGGAAGGGAAAGAGGAGUAGGUGGAAAGGCCAACCAGGAAGCCGUCCAACCGUCUGACGAGGAGAGGAGAGCACGGAAAACCGACUUCCCGGAAAAAAAGGAAUCUCACUCGAACGUCAGAGUGUUCGCUGAACGUUUCGGGGAUCUCGUAAAAGGACUGGGCUCGCCUCCCCCCCUCAAUAGCCCCUCUCACGAGGCCGCCGUUGUAGAACAAGAGAAGCCCCCUCCACCUCCCCCUAAGAAGGAGUCAGAUACCAUCUGGGACCAACUCCUGGCCAGUCCUAGGGAGCUGCGCAUCGGAGACAUCGACUUCACAGACCUGAAAGAGGAAGACGAUGAAGACAUUCUGGAUGCCGGUCUGAUGGGGGGUUCAGACUCCCUGUGUCCCCCUCCUCCCCCACCCCCUAACCCUUACCUCCCAUCCUGCCCCCCACCCCUGUUGGGUUGUCCACCACCACCCCCAAUGCCAGGGAUGAGAAGCAUGCCUCCUCCACCCCCCUUCUGCUCCGCGGCCCCCGCCCCUCCUUCAGAACCAGUCCAGAAGAGGAAGAAGACGAUCCGGUUGUUCUGGAGUGAGGUGCGUCCGUCAGACUACCAGUACAUUAGCAGCAGGAGCAGUGGAGACUCUCUGUGGUUCAAACUAGAGCCGGUCAAGAUAGACACCUCCAAACUAGAACACCUCUUCCAGACCAAGUCCAAGGAGAUACCUGUCACCAAGAAAACGGCAGCGGACGGUAAGCCAGGAGGUCAUCGUUCUGGACUCAAGAGGAGUAAUGCCAUCAACAUCGGACUGACCGUCCUGCCUCCUCCUCGCACCAUCAAGACCGCCAUUCUCAACUUUGAUGAGUACGCACUCAACAAGGAGGGCAUCGAGAAAAUCUUGACGAUGAUCCCUUCGGAGGAGGAGAAGCAGAAGAUACAGGAAGCUCAGCUGGCCAAUCCGGACGUCCCCCUGGGCUCAGCAGAACAGUUCCUCCUCACCCUGUCCUCCAUCAGCGAACUGGCAGCCAGACUACAGCUCUGGGCCUUCAAGAUGGACUACGAGGCUACAGAGAAGGAAGUGGCAGAGCCGCUGCAGGAUGUGAAGGAAGGGAUGGAGCAGCUGGAGAAGAACAAGACUCUGCGCUACAUCCUGUCUACGCUGCUUGCUAUAGGAAACUUCCUCAACGGCACCAAUGCCAAAGGCUUUGAGUUGAGUUACCUGGAGAAGGUUCCUGAGGUGAAGGACACGGUUCAUAAACAGUCUCUGCUGCACCACGCCUGUUCCAUCGUGGUCGACCACUACCCUCAGAGUACUGACCUCUACUCUGAGAUAGGAGCUAUCACACGCUCUGCCAAGGUGGACUUUGACCAGCUGCAGGACAACCUGACCAUGAUGGAGCGCCGUUGCAAAGCAUCCUGGGACCAUCUGAAGGUGAUGGCCAAGCAUGAGAUGAAGCCCACGCUGAAACAGAAGAUGUCUGACUUCCUGAAGGACUGUGCUGAGAGAAUCAUUAUCCUGAAGAUAGUGCAUCACAGGAUAAUCAACAGGUUCCAUGCGUUCCUGCUGUACCUGGGCCACCCAGCCUACGGCGUGAGGGAGGUCAGUGUCCACCGGUUCAGCAAGAUCCUCAGUGAGUUCGCUCUGGAGUACCGGACCACACGCGACCGCGUCCUGCAGCAGAAACAGAAACGAGCCGACCACCGCGAACGCAACAAGACCCGCGGGAAGAUGAUCAUGGAUGUUAACGCACCCUCUGAUGAAGAAGAGGAAAUGGAGUCUGCAGGGCAGAAUGUUAGUGCCCCCGGUGGCGGGGUGGAGAGCUUGCAGCCUCAGGGUUUGGGCCAUGCUGAGGAUGCUGCAGAGCAUGAAUUCAUGAAGGCAGUACUGAAGACCAGCCUUCAGGGCGGCGACAGAGAGACAUCAGGGGUGCCGGGUCUACGCACACGUACCAGGUCACGGCCAGGCCGAGGGGGUCGAGUACAACAGGCACCGAUACCCCCCGCGGCGAUGGGGGUGGAGUCUCAGAGGUCAGGUGACGAUGAGGCUGAUGAGAUCAUGGAUCGCAUCGUGAGGUCAGCCAGUCAGAGGGCAGUGCCCCGGGAGAGGAGGAGGUCAAGAGCCAACCGCAAAUCACUGAGACGGACACUGAAGAGCGGUCUGACACCAGAGGAGGCUCUACUCCUCGGACUCUCCGACGCCGCCGAGAUGCCGGUGUGACAUCACCGCCCCCCGCCACGGCUAUUUGGAGCGCCAUGGAAACACACCCUGGAACACCUCCUUGACCCCCCCCCCACCCAUGUCACGCUUCUGCCUUCACUUCAACCCCGCCCCCAGAACCCUCCGUCAGCCAAUCAGUAGCCUUGUUAGUAGCUUAUGUUGUACCGGUAGCGAAUCACGCGUUAGCUUCUUGUGUCUGUGGUUGAUAAUCUUUGUUGAGGUCUUCAGAAGCCCCUCAAGGAAAGGGUCAGGGAAUGAAGGAGAGAAAAGGGAGAUCAUCUUUUGUUAGAAAUGUAUUUUGUGGAAAAAAGUCUCAACGUGAUGGAAGUUGGUUGAAUGAGAAUGAAUCUUAACGUUUGUCAUUUUCAACAUGCCUCUCGAUUGGAGACGGAUUUCAUCACGUUGAUAGGUUGAUUUGUAUUUAUAGAUUUUUGUUUAUUUAACUGUUACAGCCUAUAAAUAUGAAACAAAGAAACAAAGAAAGGGAGAAUAGAUGUUGCUUGCUGCAAGCGAUGUGUUACUCAAGUACCUACAGUAGGCCUAUAACCUUUAAAAAAAAAAAAUCCAAGCUGUGAACUUCAGGGUUUAAGAACAGAAUAAAGUUUGACUCGUUUGUCCAUCCUCUCAUAGUAAAGAAUGGGGUCGUGACCUGUGAC